CACUUGUAGAGAAAAUUUCAGAGUUGUUUUUUUAUUAAGAAGGUGUAAUAUAAGAUUUAAUUUUGAAACCACUUAACAUAAAGUAGUAAACUGUUAUCGGGACAUUUAUUAUUCACUUUGAAUGAGUUAACAUAUAUAAUAGGCACAACAGAGACGACUUUUUCUCUUUUAUUUCUCUAGGUUUUGCUUUAUGAUCCAUUGCUAUGGCUAGGAGUAAGGGCCGCGUUAGGAAGAAUGUUGUGAUGAAGUUGGUUUCCCUUGAUUCUCGAGCAUCUUCAAGUUCGAGUAGAUUGUCCGCCGAAAAUAUUCGUCUUCUUAUAUCCUCUUCACCAAAGGAAAUGGCGUUACCAUUCUGAAUCUAUGCCGCAGACUGUUCCAACUAUCAAUCAAGAACAUCCUCAUCUCGAUGGGUCUGCAAGCUGAGUGUUAGUGGUCAUUGGCAGUGCUAAGGGUUUAGUGGGUUCAAAGGAGAUGCAGAGUUCAAAACAAGGCACUGUUUCAUUAGAUUUGCUCAACCUAUUGCAAUCAAAAACUACUCCUAUUCCCCCAAUCAGUUUCAGCGUUGUUGUGAAAAAUUUAUUUGCUUCUGUUUGUGAAAUCCCAUUGGGUGUCAUACCUUUUAGGUAUUUGGGUGUUCCUCUCUCUUCAAAAAGAUUGACUGCUGUUGAAUGUGAACAUUUGGCUCUUAAGAUGACUUCCAAAAUCAGGUCUUGGCAGGUUAGAAAUUUAUCUUACGCAACGAGGUUGCAAUUGGGAUCUGCUCUACUAAUGAAUAUUACGAAUUUCUGGUGUCAACUCUUUGUUCUCCCUAAGAAGGUUUUUCAGCAAGUAAAUGCAAUUUGUAGAGCGUUUCUUUGGCAUGUUUGAUGCAGAUAAUGCAGUUUGUACUUUUAAAUGAAUGAAAGGUAUUGGUAGUCUUAGUCUGGCAUUGUGGAAUCUAGCUGCAGUGAGGAAGUUAGCUUGGCAUGUCUCGACUAUGAGUGAAUCUAUGUGGGUUAAAUGGGUUCAUGGAGUCUACACAAAGGGCGGGAGAUGGAAGGUCUUCAAUGUACCAAUAACAUCCAGCUGGAGAUGGAGGUCAAUGCACCAAUAACAUCUAGCUGGACUUUCAAGAAAAUAUGCAAAGUCAAGGAGUUGCUUAGUGCUUAGGUGUAUAAUGAGACUUAUUCCAUCAAAUCAGUUUAUAAUGAAUUUCUAGGGGAUGGGUAGACAAUUCAAUGGGAUAAGUUUGUAUGGAAUAGGAGAUCAGUACCUGAAGCUAGAUUCAUUCUUUGGCUUCUUGUUAAUGAUCGACUGAAGACAAGAGACAAGUUACUUUUAUCGGGCGUUACUAAUAGUGCUCUAUGUCCUUCAUGUGGUACGCAGGAUGAGUCUGUGCUUAUUUGUUCUUCUUGUGUGCUUUUAGUUUCAGAUACCUAAAGCUCUUGUUGCAUUGCUUAGGGGCUUGUGGAAUUGGAGAUUCUAUGUUGAGUUUUGCAAAUAAACUGUAACGAACCUUUUUUCUUAAUCUUAAAUAUGUUGACAAAUUCAAUAAUCGUUUCG